AUGAGAAGAACAGGAAGCGAUCAAAAUAUUACAUUAAGAGGAGAAUCCGGUAGUGGAAAGUCCGAAAUCCGUAAAUUGACUAUCCGACACUUGGUGCGACUUAGCAGCCAUCGAAAAGAAUCCAAAGUUCAACAACAAAUCAUAGAAUCACAAAAGGUUUUUGAAGCUUUUGGUCAAUGUAUCAACGGCUCCCGUUAUGGUUACUACGGUGAAAUCCAGUUUAAUGAACGUGGAAGAAUGAUCGGUGCAAAAACACUUUCAUACUUUUUGGAAAAAGCCCGUGUCACAGGUCACUCAUCCUCCGUCGCCGACGGUAAUUUCAAUAUCUUUUAUUACUUAUUGGCUGGUGUAUCCCCAGAAGAAAAAUCAGUACUCCAAAUUCUCAACACAGAUCCAUCUCAAUACAACUAUCUAUCAAAAUAUAAGAAACGCCCGCUUAAUUUGAUUGACGACGGCGCCCAAUUCCAGCAACUCAAAGUAUCGUUGAAGACAUCUGGUUUCCGAAAGGAACAUAUUGGAAGAAUCGUACAACUCGUUGCAACCAUACUUCAUCUUGGUAACCUGGUCUUUGUGGAUCCUGUGGGUACUGGUACACAGGAAGCUGCUUUUGUUAAAAACACCGAACAACUCGAAAUUGCUGCAGAUUUUUUGGGUUUGGACCCUCAUGCUUUAGAAAAUGUAUUGACGUUUAAAACAACAAUGAUCCGUAAAGAUAUCACCACUUUGAUUCUUAAUGCUGAACAAGCCUCAGUUCAGCGUGAUGAACUCUGCCAGGCCCUAUAUUCUCUCAUGUUUUCGUGGAUUGUUGAGCGUGUCAAUAGUAAAACUUGUCAAGAUGAAUUUAAUAGUUUCAUUGGCAUUUUAGACUUCCCCUCACUUCAGUCAAAUGGUGCAUUUGAUCAACUCUGUGUCAAUAUUGGAAAUGAACGUAUAUUGCAUUAUCUCAACGAAACCGUUUUUGAUAUAGAACCUGAUCUUUUCCGUUCCGAAGGCGUUGCUGUUCCAGAUAUUCAGGUCGAUAAUUCUUGUACUGAUCUUUUAAGUCGUCCAAAAGGUAUUUGUGACACCAUCAAUACAAUGACCGACGUUUCAAAACGAUCAUACACUGAUGCAAAUGUGAUGGAUUCACUUGUUAAAUUCAAUACAACACAUCCUGCAUUUUUUGUCAAGACUUCGGAUACACAUGCCCGCCGUUUUGUUAUCAAUCAUUAUGAAGGUAAAGCUCCUGUUGAGUAUUCUACAGAUGGGUUUGUCGCACAAAACAACAGCCAGAUCUCUGUCGAUUUCGUUUCGCUUUUCAAGGGCGGUCUAGAUGUACAACCUUCUUGGAAUACUUUUAUCGUUGAUUUAUUUGCAAAUGUUAAGAUUGAAAAUCAUCCCAAACAUGCUGCCGCCAUUGUCGCUGCAAGCCAGUCGGCUAAGCCUACCAGAGCUCCUUCUCAGCGUCGUUCUACACGUAGAAAGGAUGGUUUGGAUAAUGAAAAAUCCCAUACCACAGGAUCUUCCAGCCAAACUAUAUUAUCUCAAAUUCAAUCGUCUAUGGACGAACUUAUUCAAUCGUUUGAGGAAGCUAAGUUAUGGAUGGUUUUUUGUAUCUCCCCCAAAAAACAAGGUUCAAAAUCCUUCGACUCUAAAUAUGUACAAUCUCAAAUUAAUUAUUUCAACUUACCCGCUGUGCUUCAAUUACCAACGAUCCACUAUGUCGAAUCUUAUCCUCAUCAAGAAUUUUUGGAUCGUUAUGGUCACUUAUUUCAAGAACUUGAUACUUCACGGUUACUCCGUUCCCAAUGUGAGACAGCUGCAGGCUUAAUGAAUUGGACUACAAAUAAUAUGUGUACCACACAAAAUAAGGUCUUUCUUAGUGCCAUUGCAUGGCGUGAAUUAGAAGAUCAACUGCGCUCAUACGAAAAAAUAGAACAACGUCAAGCUAAAGAUGAAUUAGAUUCGGGUAGUCAAGUAAAUGUGUCCAAUAGAAGUACAGGACAUCCUUUUGCUGCUGCUGCUGCCGCUGCCGGACUUCCAUUACCACCACAACAGUAUGCUCAACAAGACGAUCAACGAUCAUAUUAUUCUGAGGACGAAUCUGCACAAUAUGUUGAGAACGAUGGUUCUUAUUAUGGUUCUGACUCCUACGGAUACUCCAAUAGCAGUCAAGGUAAAAAUGGUCUUGGUUUACUUCCUACACAGCCCGCCAUUGUUGAAAACUUGGAUGCGUCGGAAGAAGAUGAAACUAAAAUGACAAGCGGAAGAAAACGCUGGUUAUUUUUUGUUUAUUUUUGUACAUGGUGGAUUCCUUCCAAAUUCAUGGUUUGGUGUGGUCGUAUGAAGAGAAAGGACGUGCGUAUUGCUUGGCGUGAAAAGGUGACACUCUGUAUGCUUAUUUUCUUAAUGUGUGCUUUUGUUAUUUGGUUUUUGGUAUUCUUUGGUGAAUUUGUCUGUCCCCAUCAAAAUGUAUAUUCAACAUCUGAAUUACAAAGUCAUGGCGCUGAUGCCGAUACGGCCUAUGUCGUUAUUCGGGGCGAAGUAUUCGACUUGACUGCAUUUGCUCCUCAUCAUUACCCUCCCAAUCUGGUGCCUACUUCUUCCGUUUAUAAUUAUGCUGGUACCGAUGCUACCGGAUUAUUCCCCGUUCAAGUAUCUGCUCUUUGUGAGGCUCCAGAUGGCUCUCAAAUAUCUCCUUAUGUCUCUUUGAACUACCAAAUUAAUUUGACUGAUACCAAUGGUAAUUAUCAUGAUUUCAGAUACUCAACCGAUAGCUAUAAUCCCAACUGGUAUUAUGAUCAUAUGACUCUUUUGCGCAAAAAUUACAAAGUCGGUCAUAUGGGCUUUGAAAUGAAGGCCAUCUCUGAUCAAUCUAAAAGCGCUACCUUGGUCAAUGGCAUUAAAAGUCUUCGUACUUGGGGUGUUAUUGAUGGUCAUAUUUAUGAUUUGACUGCUUAUGCUAUGGGUGGUCGAUUUGCUCGCGGUCCUCCCGGUGAAGAUGUGCCUACUGAUAUCAAUACAAAUUUUAUGUCUCAAACAGUCGUUGAUCUCUUUCAGCAACAAUCUGGUGGCGACCUCACCAAAUCUUUUUACAAUCUUCCACUUGAUGCCGCUACUCGUGAACGUGAAUUGGUCUGUCUUCGCAACCUGUUCUUUGUUGGCUAUUUGGAUACCCGUAACUCAGUCAAGUGCCAAUUCUCUACAUACCUGUUAUUGGUAGUAACUUGCUGUAUGGCUUUUGUUGUUGUCUUUAAGUUUGCUGCCGCUAUUCGUAUUGGUGGAAAACGUGCCCCUGAAGAACAUGACAAGUUUGUUAUUUGCCAAAUUACUUGUUAUACUGAAGAUGAAGAAUCCUUGCGUAAGACUGUCGAUUCAAUCGCUACAUUGCAUUAUGAUGAUAAGCGCAAGCUUUUGUUCGUUAUUUGUGAUGGUAUGGUUGUUGGUAGUGGUAACGAUUUACCCACAUCUCGUAUUGUGCUUGACAUUUUGGGUGUUGAUUCUCAAGUUGAUCCAGAAGCGCUAUCUUUUGUCUCUGUCGGCGAUGGUAAUAAGCAGCAUAAUAUGGGUAAAAUUUACUCUGGUUUAUACGAAGUAGCUGGUCAUGUUGUGCCUUAUAUUGUAGUAGCUAAAUGUGGUAAUCCCCGUGAACGUCAAAAGCCAGGUAAUCGUGGUAAACGUGAUUCCCAGUUGGUCUUGAUGUCUUUCCUCAAUCGUGUCCAUUAUGAUGCUCCAAUGAAUCCUCUUCAACUUGAAAUUUAUCAUCAAAUGAAAAAUGUAAUCGGUGUUAGUCCAGGUUUUUAUGAUUUUGUACUCAUGGUGGAUGCCGAUACCGAAGUUAUGCGUGAUGGUUUAAAUUAUUUGGUGUCUAGUGCUGUGCAUGAUUCCAAGAUUAUUGGUAUUUGUGGCGAAACUACUCUUUCUAACGAAAAAGACACCUGGGUUACUAUGAUCCAAGUUUACGAAUACUUCAUUUCCCAUCAUUUAAUCAAGUCUUUUGAAUCACUGUUUUCUACAGUUAGUUGUUUGCCUGGUUGCUUCACUAUGUAUCGUAUUCGUACUGUAGAUGGUAAACGCGCCUUGUUUGUCAGUAACGAGAUUAUUGCCGAUUAUUCGGUCAAUGUAGUUGACACCUUGCACAAGAAGAAUUUGCUUCAUCUUGGUGAAGAUCGUUAUUUAACUACUUUGCUCUUAAAACAUUUUGCUGAAUUCAAGACCAAAUUCACUCCCGAUGCGCAUUGUAAGACUAAUGCUCCUGAUCUUUGGAGUGUUUUGAUCUCUCAACGUCGUCGUUGGAUUAAUUCUACCGUUCACAAUCUCGGAGAACUUGUAUUCUUGGAUCGACUCUGUGGUUUCUGUUGUUUCUCUAUGCGUUUCAUUGUUAUGCUCGAUUUGAUCAGUACACUUGUCAUGCCUGCUAUUAUGGGUUAUCUUGGUUAUCUGAUCUAUACUUUGGCACAUUCUGAUGGAACCAUUCCUAUUAUUACUGUUGCUACAAUUGCUGGUACUUACGGUCUUCAAGCCUUACUAUUCAUCAUGAAGGGUCGUUGGGAAUUUAUCAUGUGGAUGAUUGUUUCUAUUUUCGCUAUUCCCGUCUUUUCAUUUUACAUUCCAAUUUACUCUUAUUGGCAUUUCGAUGAUUUCUCUUGGGGUAACACUCGUGUUGUUGUUGGUGAAACAGGUAAAAAGGUGGCUGUUGCUGCCGAUGAAGGCAACUUUGAUCCUAAAUCCAUUCCCACAAUGAAAUGGUCCGAAUACGAACAAGCCUUACUUUCUGAAGAAAACUGGAGCGAUAAUUUGUCUCAAGGUAGCAGCAGUGGUUACACGCAUAACAGUCGCCGUAGUGGUAACCGUAAAACGAACAAUGCAACCUCUAUAUACAACCAAAGCGCUAUGAUGAAUGGAUCAUCCGAUAACAUGAGUAACUAUUCGCCAAGUAUGAUGAUGCAACAACAACGCGGUCCUGGCAGUGUGUACGAUCAUCAAAGUAUGAUAAUGCCAUCCUCCACAUCGAUGCCAAUGAUGGUAUAUUCCAACAGUGUUAAUAAUUUAAAUAUGAUGCCUAUGCCUUCUAGUCGUUCUAUGGCUUCAUUCGCGCCUGCUGCACAAUCUUUCAACCAACCCGGACAGUAUAUUGCUAUGCAACAAUCACCCCAAUUUGCCAACAAUAUUAGUAGUCCAUCUAUAAUUAUGGAUGGCUUUGCUAUGGGUGAUAAUAUCGGACCCAAAAAUGAAGAAAUUAUGCUUCAGGUCCAACGCAUAUUGAGCACUGCAGAUUUAACCCAGGUCACCAAGAAGCAGGUUCGUGAAGAAUUACAAGAAAUAUUUGGUGUUUCAAUGGCAACUAGGAAAGACUACAUUAAUGCUUGUAUCGAAAAUAUCCUUCAAACCCGGGCUUAG